AUACAAAAAGCCCUGGUCGGGGAACAUAUCAUAUAAAAAAAAUCAACUGUUAGGCGACAUCUUCUUAAAGGGAACAUAUCAACGUUCCCUGACCGUUUUUGACCCGUUUUUUGCUUAGAAUUAGUGAAGUGAGAAUAACAUCCAGGGUUGAAAAUGAAACUGUCAUCCAAUUUACAUAAUAUAUUCUAGGUCCUACCAUUAUAAACAGUUCAUGGGUUGUAAAAUGUGUGAUGCAAAGUGUACCACUUUUUAUACUGAAUAUAUAAAAUUGAAUAAAUAUCUACUGUAGGGAGACAAGUGAAUUUUGACGUUUUUUGUGCCGAAAAUGAAAUUAUAUCUUAUUUAUGUCUUUAGAUAUUGACUAAUAUAUUUCAAACAGAGUAUGUGGUUACCAUAGCAUUAGCACACAACCUGCAAGUGAAACAGAUGACACCUAUCUCGAAUGGAAUUGUCUAUUUUCACCCAGCCUGGAUAAAACGAAGACCUUUUUGCGCAUGCGUGAAAUUUUGACAUUUUAUGCUGUACUAGACUGGCCGGCCGGAUAUCUGUCUUCUCGCGCGAAAUUUUGUUUUCGUUGUUGAUGGUGUAUCGGACGAUAGGUAAUUUUUCAAGUUCAACAUUCAAACUUUUCAUUUCGUGAAUCCUUAUAAUAUUUUCCCGAGACUUCAUUGGAACAUUACUACAUUUGACCAUGGCAGCAACAAGAUCAAGAAGAAACCAUUCUGAAACUCCAGAAGUACUUGCUACCAGAUAUUGUCUUGAAGGUCGUGACCCAGAUGGAUUUGAAAUUAAAAAUUUCAAUUUGAAAGGUAGAGGAGUUGUAGCUAGACGAAACUAUUUACAUGGAGAAUUUUUGAUGCAAUACCACGGACUGCUCUUGUCGGCAGAUGAAGGGUCAGCCUUGGAGGAUCAAGCAUCCUCUGGAUACCGCUACUUCUUUAGCUUCCAAAAAAAGGAGUUAUGCAUGGAUGCCACAGAAGAGCCAGUUUCUGGACCUAUUUUAGGGCGUUUAGUGAAUCACGGAGAAAAGAGGGAGAUAAAUGCUAAAGUUAAAGUGUUAGUAAUCUCCGGAAAACCAGCACUUUGUCUUUUUUCAUUACGAAACAUUGCUGAAGGAGAAGAAAUUCUAUAUGACUACGGUGUGAAAGACUUGCCAUGGAAGAAAAAUAAGACUACAAACAAAAGCCAUACAAAUAUGGAUCUGGCAGAGGGAGAAAAAUUGGCAGCUAACCGAAAUACCUCAGUGAAAGAAGAUAAAGACAGUGAUGAAAAUCAUUUUGAUCAAAUCCUUUUAUCAGAUGAAAUGGCAGAUACAAAUAUGGAGACAGCAGGGGGAGAAAAAUCAUCCACGAAUAACGUGACAGGUAGCCAAACCACCCUAGCAAUAGAAGUACAAGAUACACUAUACGUGGAUGUACAGGAAGUUGAUCAUAAAAUGGAUGGUGAGCAAAGCUAUGUCCCUGAACCUGACAGUAACUUUCAUGAUGAAAGUGAAUUUGAUAAAACAUUAGCAUCUCCAGAUAAAUUGACAGGGCCCAUUAUCCCAGUGACUGUAUCCAUGGAAAAGAACUCAAACAAGGCAUGGGCAUUGAAAACUCUGGAAGAACUGUCAACAGGUGAUCCAAAGCAUCUGGCAUUCACAAAGGAAGUGACAGCUGGCCCGAGCUCCCCAGUGAAUACAGAUGGAGAAGCCAAAGAACCAUGCAUGGAGAACAAUGUUUUAAGUUCUGGAGAUGAUGAUGAUGAUGACGAUGCAAGUUAUGUUCUAAGCUCUGGCUGCUCUGACUGUAGUGAUAUAAUCCCUUGGAUACCAAUGUCCAAAAAAUCUAAACCUGAUAAUAAAAGCCUAGAAUCCACAGUGACUGCUGGACAACAAACCACUAGUGAGAUGGAAGUAGAAGCAGAAGAACCAUGUUCUGACACCAAUGGAAUUUCUGAAGAUAAUCAGAACCAGGGUCAAAUGCUGAAUAAUGACAGGUUAGAAGAGUCUGCCCCAAAAAAUAAUAAGCGCAAGUACAGAAAACCAAACAGGACAUGUCCAUUUUGUGACAAAUCCUAUGCCAAACUCUCACGACACAUAGCAAGUCAACAUUCACAAUUGGAUGCUGUGAAAAGGGCCUUAAUUCUACCAAAAAAGGAUAGGUUGGCUAUUUUUCAAUCUUUUAAGAAAGAAGGCAUAUUAAAAACUAAUAGAUCACAGGCUAAGUUGCUAAACCCAUCCUACCAGAGAGAAAGGUCAGCUUCAUCAGGUUCUUUGGUUAUGUGCAGCAUAUGCUCAGGAUUCUAUUCAAAGUGCUACAUCAAGAGGCACACAAAUAUUUGCCAAUCAGCAUCUGAGGCAUGUUGUUCCAGUGUCCCUGUGCCUGUUAGUUUAAUGUCUUGUGCCAAUACUUAUGGAGGUGACUUCUUCAACGAGGUUCUGAGCAAAUUUCGUCAAGACGAUAUUGGAGGAGUCUGUACUACUGACCCUAUUCUGAUACACAUUGGACAAAGGUUAUGGUACAAAAUAAAGACCAAACAAGAUAAAAAAAUGGAAGUUAGACGGUCUGUAAUGACCGAUAUGAGAAGGUUGGCAUGCCUUUAUCUAGAAAUGCUCAAACAUGAAGAAACAUUAGGACAAAUACCAAGUAAAGAAGGGAAUGUGGCAGAUAUGUUCAAGCGGAAAAAUUUCAAUCAUUUGGAAGCAGCCAUCGAUACCUACACACGAAACAACACUUCAGAUAUCCAAACAGUGAAAGCAGGGUUAAAAUCAGGCCUGUACUAUCUGCUGAAGUCAACCAGCAAAAUCCUGAAAGCCAUCUAUUUGGUUGAAGAGAAGGAUGAGCUUUCAGAUGAUGUCGACAAAUUUAUUUCAUUACUUGAGCUAAACCACAACUUUGUCUUUGGUGAUGCUACCUACUCCAUCAACCAGCAGAGACAGAUUAGAUUGAGGCGCCCAGAGGCUUUGCCCCUAGAAGAUGAUGUAAAAAACCUCAGAAAUUAUACAUUGAAGAAAAUGAAUGAGAUUACAUCAGAUGAAUUAACCUUCCGGGAUAUUCACACAUUCAAAGAAUUAAGAGAUUUGGUUGUGUGCCGCCUUACUCUCUUUAAUGCUCGCAGAGGUGGCGAACCAAGUCGUCUAUUAAUUAGAGAGUGGAAGGAUGCAGAAAGUGGCAUUUGGUUGAACCAGGCACAGCUGAAAACCCUUGACCCGCUAGAUAAAGCAUUGGCUGAUCGCUACAAGAUUACUUAUCAAAGUGGAAAGGGAAAUAAGCACAUUGUGCCAGUUCUCUUCCCAAAUGACACCAUUGAAGCUGUCAAAAAAAUCAGCAGCAAAGAAGCAAGAUCUGUUAUACCUGGCAUAGAGAAUAACCUGUUCUUGUUUCCAAGUACAAAUGGAUCACAAAAUCAUGUGUCAGGUUGGCAUGCAGUCUCUAGUGUGUGUGACAAGGUGAAGCUGAUGAACAAGUCAACAAUAACUGCCACUAAGAACAGGCAUAGAGUGAGUACAAUGUGCGCUAUGAUGGAUAUUCCGGAAGCUGACAGACAAUUUAUAUAUAAGCAUCUUGGUCACUCUGAGGAAACCAACCGAAAUGUAUAUCAGACUCCACUAGCCUUAAAGGAGAUAACAGUUGUAGCAAGAAGGCUGGAAGAAAUCGAUGAAGGUAGCUUUUAUAUGGAAGUUGAAAUUACAGAAACACCAUGCAAUCUAAUAAUUACUACUAACUGCUCUUGCCCAUCUGUGAUUAACCCUUGUCAUGACAAGUAUACAGUAGGAUUAUCUACAGUACUUUAG